AUGUCAACAAAGCCAUUAGAAGAAGAAAUCAAAGCUCUCGAAUCUAAGGUAUAGGAUUUUAAUAAGUUAAGAUUGGUAAGAUGACAGAAGAAGUUGAAGGUUUAGAUAAAUAUUAUGCAGAUAAAAGUCAUCACCUAUUUCAUUUGAAUACUCAAAUUGAAGGUUUGGCUAAAUCUCUUAAAUAACGAAAAGAACUAGGGACUGAUAAAAUUAAAGAACAAUUAGAAUAAGAGUAAGUGGUUUUAAAGAAGAGUUAAGAAUAAACUGAUGUUAAACUAAGAAAAACAUUUUAGAAUUUUUUUACUCAGCAGAAAACUCGAAUGUAUUUAUUGGCUAACAAAUCAAACUAAAAAAUGGAUGUGAACUCUGUAGCUAUAUUUCUACUAGAGAAUCCACAUAAAUUUGUAUUAAGUAAAUGGAGUGAAGAUGAAACAUAAGACUUUAAUGAUGGAUUUUCUGUUACUUAUAAAUGUGUUACUUUUUUAAUAAAAAAAACCACAACAAUUUAAUAGAUAUUUGAUUGGAGUGUGUAAUAUUGGGAAUUAUCUAGAAGUGAAUACACAAUGGUAGACAAAAAUUGUAAUUGUAUGGAUCUAUUGAUGAAUUACUCAGCAGAAAACUUUUUCUCUGCUCAUAAGGAAUAAGUAUAAUUUGCAUGUCUAUAUGUAUAUCGAAAAUAAUUAGCUACUAACUUUUUGUUAGAUGAAUAGAAAAUUAAUAUUUCAUUACCAAAUAGAAAUCAAUAAACAAGUCAAGAUGAUGAAAAUAUUAAAUAAAUAAAAAAAGAAUUAGAUGAUUUUGUGGAAGUCUAACCUGGUUUAAAACUUUAUGAAAAAUAAGAUUAAGAAGAAAACUAAGAAAGCACAAAUAUCAGUAUUGGUUGGAAAAUCUUUCUUUUAAUCUUGUCUGCUACACUACUCAUAUUAAUCUACAUAAAUUCUAAAAAUAUUAUGGAUUAUGAAACAACUUCUUAAGUUAGAUUAACUUUACAUAAUUACUUAUUGGAGGUUAAAUAUGGUUUAAAUACUGUUUCAACCAUAGAGGAUUUAUACAAAAAAAUAAAUUUGAUUACUAUAGUUGAUAAAUUUAAUGUAACUUAAUCAGAUGGAUCAAUUUAAGAAGAAAUCAAAAUUUAAUUUUAAUUCAUUUAAAUGGGACCAAAAUUUAAAGUAUUUUAGGUAUAGAGUAGUAAUUAUACAUGUAAUGAAAUUGAAAUAGCAUCUGGUUAUGAUUUAUGUUAUUACUCUAUAUAUAGUGAUAAAAAUGCAUUAAAAGAUUAAAUUGUAGCUAGUGAUGGUUAGACUUAUCCAUGGGGAGAAUAUAAACCCGCAGAACUUUCUGGAGUAUCUGCUUUUAGUGGAAUUCUCUCAGAUUAUGAUGGUGGUGGUUUUGAUGAAUCUUAUGAUUCUUAUGAAUAUGUUGAUGACAAAGUUUAAUAACAUAAAGCUUAAGGUAUGUUUAAUAUUUAUACAACCAAAAUGGUUCUUUUUAACAUUGUUAUUUAUGAUGAUAGUAGAGAAUAAUUUUAUGUCAUUUAUUAUUUCUUUGAAAUCGCUCCUAGUUAUGAAAUUGUUCAGUAAUUGCACAUCUAGAGUUUUAGAAUCUUGAAACCAGAAGAAUCUGCUAGUUUCUGGCUUACUGAAUAUAUUAUGUUAGCUAUAUCAGGAAUAUUAAAUUCUAUUAUGAUAUUUGUUGCUGUCAAAGAGGCUUUAAAUCAGAUUUAAAAAAAAUAUUAGAACUUUUAACUUAGAAGAGAUUUUACUGCCUUUAUACAAGUCGGUAUUAUGUAUUAAUUAACAAUCUUUAUUUUAUAAUUGAUAAGUUUCAUGAUGUUUUCAUCAAUUCCUUCUGAUUCAUUGCAAGUUCUACAACAUUCUUCUGAAUCUUCCAUUAUGUAUUACGCAAAUCAAUUCAAUAGAGGAUUAAUUAUUAGAGGAAUUCUAAUUAUUUUGGUUGGAUUCAACACUCUUAAAUUAUUUUAAAUAUCAGAAUCAGUUGCAUUUGUUUAAGCUAUGGCUGCUAAAGGAGCUGAAAAUAUUAUUAUGAUUAGUAAAUUAAUCUUAUAAAAUAGUCAUAUUUGCUAUAACGAUCUUAGCUUCUUAUGCUUUCAUAUUCUAUCAGCUAUUUUCACAACGAUUUGAUGAAUUUACAACUUAUUAUAGAUCUUUUAUAUCUACUUGCGGAAUGUUCUUCCUUGGAAAUUUCAAAAUUUGGUUUAAAAUAGUAGAUUAUGAAGUUUAAACAAUGAUAAUAAUAACAUCUUUAGUAUUUGUUACUUAUACUUAUGGUGCGACUGUUUUAGUAAAUGCUGUCUUAUAAGAAGUCUAUCGAACAAUCAGGUAAUUUGAUAAUAAAAUAUUUUUAGUUAUCGUACUGAUCAUUUGUAAACAAUAAAAGAAUUUUAUGCUAAGAUUGAUGAAAUUAAGUUAAAGAUUCAACAGGCCAUUUCAUAAUUAAUUGAAAAACUUAGAAGGAAAAAUUAAUGA